UCGAUGUGCUAGGCUCCGAUUUUUUCAAAAUAACCAAAAAUGGUAAAGACGUCUCUCUUGAAAAACGGGGUGCAGCUGCAUAAAGGGUGGAACACAGUGUCUCAAAUUUCGAAGAAAAAGAGAGAAACAGGCAGUGGCAUAGAUCAUCCAUGCCCUGGCAGACGCAGAGUUACAACUUUUCCUGAGGAUAGGCUUAUAGUAAUAACAAGUAAACGAAAUAUACAUUUAGCUGCGCCAGAACUCACCCACAGCUUAAAAGAAUAA